UGGCCAAUUGCCGAAGGAGAAAACCAGUUCUCAUUGGAAUCUAACUCUCAUAUACGAAAAUUGAAUUAGAUAUCGAAGAGAGAGAGAAAGAGAGAGAGGGAGAGUAAAAGAAAAGAUUCAAUUAGGAGCUGGGAAGCCAUGCUUCAGUGUUUUCAGUUCAAUCAUCCUAGUUACUUUAAUCUCGAUCCAAGUUCUUGAAUUGAUCACUACCGGUGCAAGAACAAGGAAGAAGAGAGAAGAAUGAACAGGGAUGAGGGUGAUAAAAGGAGUUGGGAUAAUCCCUCGCCACAUCCAGACAGAGGUUAUCAGGAGAAAGAAGAGAAGAUGAGGCUCUGGGGAAUUCUAAUUUUUGGAUUAAUCGGAGCCACUGCCACCACCUUCGCCGUUACCCAAUUGCGAAGCACAGUUGAUUGGAUCUACUUGCAGUUGAGCAGGUCUCAGUCAUCUUGGAAGAAUGGGCGUCCUUUUCGAACUAGUUUUCGAGAGGAAGCAUGGAAAAGGUAUAACCGUCGUAUGCGAGAAGAACAUGAGGCAGAAAUGGAGAGAGUGGAACGAAUUCGGCGUAUGCAAAGCGUUUUCAACAGGGAGAGAAAUAAAUCCAAAAGGAGUUAUGACAGCUGGCAACAACAUGGUCCAGGUGCAUAUCAUCAACAUUUCCAGAGGAAUGAUUGGUACUGGAAGGAAGAUACUUCAUUCAGAGAUCAUGGUAGUAAUUUUAGGGAGACACCUAAGGCCAGUGCAAGCGCUUCAUUAUCACAUCACUACUCUGUCCUUGGACUCGACAGGCUGAGGUCAACACCCUACACAGAUGACGAGAUAAAGUCAGCCUUCAGAGCAAAGGCGAAGCAGUUUCACCCUGAUCAGAAUCAGGACAACAAAGGUGGUAAAUUCAUGACAGAUCGAAAUUUGCUGAAACAAAAUUCAAGGAAGUUAUGGUGUCUUACGAGGCUAUCAAGUCAGAAAGAAAGAACAAUAGGCAUCAAUAACUUCGCUCGAGCACCCUGCCGUUUUCCAUUGCAGAAUCUCCUGAGAUGACAAUUGCUUCCAGAAACCGUCUGAUCUUUAUACCAAGAGUGGCUUUCUUGACAGUCAUGAUAAAGAAUCUGGCUGAACUUUUUGGAGUUUGGGCAAAAAUUAUAGGUUAUGCUGCUUGCAUAGAAUUUGCAGUUGUGUAACAGAAAUAAGCAUAUGUAAUAUCUGAUCGAUUACAAAUAUAUGAUCCCAUAUAUUCUCCUUCUCGCUCGAAUUUCUGUAACGAAAUAUGUCGUAUUAUCAACAAUUUGAUUACCACAAUUCCAACACAGUGAGAAAGAUAUGAUUUACUAAUGCAGUGAAGUUCAGUCC